AUUCAGUUUCAAAAUAUGAAACGGGGCUUUCAAACACAUUGCAAUGUUAUUUUGCAAAAGGAUGCUGCAUUGGGCCUGUCAGUUCAUCUUGCGGAAGAGGUAAACACGACAAAAAAUACAGACUUCCUGCAAACGUUGCUGCAGAAAACACCACCGGGUUUAGACAUGUCCACCAUGACUCCCAUUGAGAAGCUUCGCCACCAGUGCCUCCAGCGAGGCGCACACGGCAUCAAGGCGUUUGCACGGCAGUUCCGUGCGAUGGACCACACCGGGGACAAGAAGCUUGACAAGCAGGAGUUCAAGAAGGGUCUGCAGGACUUCAAGGUGGACCUGAGCGACCAUGAGGUGGACACCCUGUUCAAGGAGCUCGAUAAGGAUGGCAACGACAACAUCUCUUUCAACGAGUUCCUCGUUGCGCUCAGGCCUCCAAUGUCGGCGUUCCGUCUGGACUGCAUCAAAGAGACAUUCCACAAGAUGGACAAGUCCGGAGAUGGAAUCAUCACUAUCCAUGAGCUCAAGGGUCAUUACAACGCUCGGGAGCCCAAGUUCCGGAGUGGGGAACUCACUGAGGACGACGCAUUUGAGCUAUUUCUGCAGAACUUCGACAGUACCAAUAAUCCCGACGGCAAGGUGACAAUCGAAGAAUUCGUCGACUACUAUGCGGGUGUGAGCGCCUCUGUUGAUACGGAUACCUACUUCGACCUCAUGAUGAGGAAUGCCUGGAAGUUCUGAGCAACUCAAGAAAAAGAAAACGAGUCCACCGUUGUUUGGCCACGUGAACCUUGCAGCCUGUAAUCACAAGAUGCACUGCCGUCACACAUGUUUUUUGUCCCGUCCCGGCUGAAACCGUCGUCGUGCAGGCAUCCUCUAACACGUAACUCUUCUUAACAAUUCUGUUCCACCUUCAUGUGUUGCUCUUUUUAUUGACAUGCUUUUUUUAUUAUUCAGGGCAUGUUAUCGUUUGCAUCCGACUCUUAAUUAUUAAUUUUGUAGAACCUCUGUGUGUCUUAUUUCUGUACUUUACUAUACAUUUGGACGGUUGUUUGCUUGUCUUUUGCGUGACGUGGAAAAAGAAAGAACAUCCUGAUGCGUGCAGUGGGUAAACCCACAUUUAAGUUGCUGUACUGAUUAAAUGGGAUUACAUAUG